UUUUCUUCUCAAACUCAUCAACAAUGAAGAAACAAGAAGGACAUGGUAACUUCCCAGAUGAUUGCUGGGAACUUAUAUUCCAAAAACUUAGAGAAGAUGAUGAGCGUGCCUUGGAUUCGAUAUCUUUGGUCUCAAAGCGGUUCCUUUCAAUAUCUAAUCGGGUGAAGCUUAGUUUGAAGGUAAGGGACAAGACACUCCCUCUACUCCUAAAUCUUCUUCGAAGAUUUCAAAACAUCGAAACCCUACUCAUCACUGCCCACAAGGAAAUAGAUGGACUCCUUGAUCUGAUUUCGCGGUCUGGUGUAUUGAAUCUCCAAGCCAUAGAGUUUCGUUGGUGUAUGACAGAACCUCCGCGAGCUGGUUUCAAGGCAUUGGCGUUGAAUAAGAAUAUAAAAGACGAUCUGAAGGUAUUGGAUUGCUUCGGACUGGUCUCUAUGCAAGACAAGGAUUUGGUUUUGAUAGCGGAUUUGUUCCCACGGUUAGAGGAACUCAGGAUUCAAGCGGGUAAGUAUUUUACGAUUGGCAAGGUUGCAGCACGUAUAACAGAUGGUGUGGAUGCACUGGCAUCAAAGCUUAAGCAAUUGAAGGAGAUUGCGUUGGAAGGCAAGCAAAUAUGUUCAAUCGCAAAAGCACGCCCUUCAUUAAAGAUGCUCCAGCUCAAUUGUUUCGAAGGCAAGUAUUUUGAAAUCCAUGGUGCAUUAAAAUUGCUUUUGCAGGCAUGUCAGUUGACACUAAAAGAGCUAAUCCUAGUUCGUUGGUCCCUCACAGACACAGCUAUAAGUGAUUUGGCUCAGCAUCUCUCUAAUCUAACUUUUAUAGAUCUUCAUGCAUGUUUUGGGUUGACUAGUGUCAUAUUUUACACCCUCACGAAAAGUUGCCCUUCGCUUGAAACACUUAAGAUGGCAUACACGAGAGAACAAGUGAUGGAUAAUUUUUCUCCAAAACGUUUACAUGAAAACUACCGUAUGCGACACCUUGAUGUCUUUAGUAAUUUGUUGUUGACUGAUAUGAUGCUCAAGAACUUUGGGCAAGUAUGCCCAAAUCUAAAAUUCCUCUCUGUAAGUGAAUUUAAGCGCCUCACCAAUCUUGGCAUUGGAGAAGUUUUGAGGAGAUGCCCUGCCAUAACUGCAUAUCAAUGGUAUUGAGGUUUCAGAUGUUUUUGGAUGCUGUUCUGACCAUUCUGUAGUGAAUUUGAAGACUUUGAAAGCUCGUCACACACAGAUUAAUGACGAAGGAAUGGCAAUGAUUGGAAAUAGGUGUCGAAAUCUCCAAUAUUUGGACAUUGCAUUUUGCGAAAACGUGACAGAUAAAGGGGUAAGGGAGGUGGUGAGGAAUUGUGAAAGACUGAGGCAUAUAAGUUUAGUUGUGUGUAAAAAAGUGAGCACCGAUAUUUUACUUGAGAUGGUGUUAUCAAGGCCCUCCCUUAGGAACAUUGUGCCACCAUGCUUCCGUGAUCUCAGUGAAGAGUUGAUAAACACAGUCUUGUUAUCCGGAUGCCGGCUUGGGGUGGAGUCACACUACUUUUCUUCGAAUUGAUGACGUGCAUGUGAUCACGAACAAAACUUUGUUUUGUUAUAGUUAUGAGUUAUGACCUUAUAAUUCUUUCAGUAUUUCCUUUUUUUUCCUUUUUUAAUGUUAGAGCUUUUCUCAAGUUGGUUAAUUAAAACCUUCAAAACUAGCAUGUAAGUUUGGGCGGCCUCUCCGUUUAUUGCCAAUUGGUCAACCAA